AUGAUGCAGGCGCUCUGUGCACGACGAACGGGCCAGCAAUGGUCCUCCAACAAGGCAGUCAUUGCCGCCCUGCGAACUCCCCUUGCCCGCCAGCCUCUUCUCAUCUCCAUUCGACAGCCUCACAAGUCUUCCUGUCUGCAUCAGCGACGAGGCUAUGCCGACCACCGAACUGAUCGACUCGAUCUGCCUGCUCUAGAUCGGAAAUGGCGUGAGAACUGGGCGUCCUGCCAGGAGCCUGCCGCGAGCCACGACAACAAGCCGACCAAGUUCGUCUUGCCCAUGUUUCCCUACCCUUCCGGCACUCUGCACUUGGGCCACCUGCGAGUCUACACCAUUGCCGACGUCGUGGCGCGUUUUCAUGCCCUCCAGGGGUCCAAGGUCCUGCUGCCAAUGGGCUGGGACGCAUUCGGUCUGCCCGCCGAGAACGCUGCCAUUGAGAGGGGCAUCAACCCCGCCACCUGGACGACAUCUAACAUCGCCAAGAUGAAGGAGCAGCUAGGCAAGAUGCAUGGCAGCUGGGACUGGAGCAAGAAACUCUUUCUGAUGCUACACGAACGAGGUCUCGCCUACCAGGCCGAGUCCGAAGUCAACUGGGAUCCCGUCGACCUGACUGUGCUGGCGAAUGAACAGGUCGACGCCAAUGGCUGCUCGUGGCGGUCCGGGGCCAAGGUCGAGAAGCGCCAGCUGAAGCAGUGGUUCUUCCGCAUUUCCGAGUUCCGCGACGCUCUCCUCGCCGACCUCGAGGCCCUCGCCAAGGAAGAGGCCUGGCCUGAGAGGGUUCUCGCCAUGCAGAAGAACUGGCUCGGCAAGUCGACAGGCGCCACCGUCAAGUUUCCCGUCAUGGCCAUGGGACAGGACGCCCACGCCGCUAUUGAAGUAUUCACCACGAGGCCGGACACCUUGUUCGGCGUGCAAUACCUGGCUCUGGCAUCGACCCACCCUGUCGUCGCCCAGCUGGCAAAGAGCGACCCCGAGCUGCAGGCUUUCCUCGAUACUCUCCCUGGCCUGCCGCGAGACUCCAAGGUCGGGUACAUGCUGCCCCAGAUUCGGGCCGUCAACCCUCUGGCCUACCACGAAGACACCCCAGACGCGACCAAGGCUUCGCUGCCCAUUUAUGUGGCAUCCUAUGUGCUCGGUGACUACGGCGAGGGUGCCGUCAUGGGUGUUCCGGGUCACGACGUGCGGGAUCAUGCCUUUUGGAAGGAGCACCGCUACGAUGAGCCCGUGCGCUUUGUUCUGGCAGCUUCUGAGGAUGAGUCGACAACAGCCAUGGCCAAUGAGCCCAUGGUGGACCACGGCAUCAUGACGGAGCAAAGUGGCCCGUUCAAAGGCAAAAAGUCCAUCGAUGGAGGCAAGAUGCUCGUCUCCAUUCUCGAAGCCGCCGACCUCGCCAAGCCGAUGGACAAGUGGCGGCUCAGAGACUGGCUCAUCAGUCGGCAGAGGUACUGGGGCACUCCCAUCCCCAUCAUUCACUGCGACUCCUGUGGGCCGGUGCCUGUUCCCGCAGACCAGUUGCCGGUCAAGCUGCCCAACGUGAGCGACCACUGGGCGGGUGGCCAGCCUGGUAACCCCCUCGAGAGGACGCCCGAAUGGUCGGAAACCAGCUGUCCCAAGUGCGGAGGCGCAGCAAAGAGGGACACUGACACCAUGGACACUUUUGUGGAUUCCAGCUGGUACUAUGCCAGGUUCGCCGACCCCCAUAACAAGGGGCUUCCGUUCUCUCAGGAGGCCACCAAAAUGCUGCCCGUGGACCUCUAUCUCGGCGGCAUCGAACAUGCCAUUCUGCAUCUGCUGUAUGCUCGCUUCAUCUACAAGUUCAUGGCGUCAACAGAUCUGUUCCCUUCAGGGCCGGAUUCGGAAACGAUCAGUCACGAGCCUUUCAAGAGGCUCAUCACCCAAGGCAUGGUCCAUGGCAAAACGUACAGCGACCCUGAGACGGGCAGAUUCCUCAAACCCGACGAAGUCGACCUUAGCGACGCCUCUAAUCCGAAGGUUGUCGCAACGGGCGCCACGGCCAAUGUCAGUUUCGAGAAGAUGAGCAAGUCGAAGCACAACGGCGUGGACCCCACCGUCUGCAUCGAGACGCACGGUGCCGACGCCACACGCGCCCACAUGCUCUUCCAGGCCCCGGUCAGCGAUGCAGAGCUGUCCAAGUGGGACACCGAGGCUGCGCUCUGGCGAGCCGUCCAAAGCACCAUCACGUCCGUGACCGACUCGUACAACAAGGUCUACCCCAUGAACACGAUCGUCUCCGACCUCAUGAGCCUCACCAACACGCUGCUCGAUAGCGAGGCGUCCAGCCCAGUCGUUCGUCGGGAAGCCACGUCGGCGAUUCUGCGCAUGCUGGCGCCCAUCACGCCAGCGUUUGCCGAAGAGUGCUCGAGUCUCCUGCACCCGGGCACGCGAUCCAUGUUCACGUCGGCGGCGUUCCCGACGGCGGACGACACGGCGGCGCUGCUGCAGCCGCGGAAGCAAACGUGCGCCAUUCAAGUCAACGGCAAGGUCCGCGGCGUCGUGCAGAUCCCCAAGCCGCCGGCGGGGCUGGCGGGGGAUACGCUGCGAGACUGGAUGGUUGCCGAGGUGUUCAAGACGGAAGAGGGGCAGACCAAGUUCUCGAGCGGGCCGUGGGAUGUCAGGUCGCCAAAGCGGGUCAUCGUGGCAAGGGGCGCCAAGACGGUCAACUUUGUCGUGUAA